UAUGGUAAGUGGGCUUUCGAAUGGGUCGGAUUGUUGACCAAAAGGCCAAACCCGAUUGGUAGAGCUCAGGGUUUUAGUCUGUUCAAUAGUAUAUUAACACUCUAGUUCUGAGCUCCGACCUCGAAGGGUUUUACUGAAAUCAAUCCAUCGUUCUGAGAUUCACGAAGAAAGAGGAAAAUCAAUAGCUAACCGUAGUCCAGAAUCCAGAGCGAGCUAGAAAAUAUUGAAAUGGCAUUUAGAGGGAAGGAGAUGAUGAAGAAAGUACUGAAAAAGGUAGGAGAGAACAAUUUUACACCUGGAGUUAAGGAAUCUCUGAAGAAAUCCAUACCUGAUAGCAGGGUCGUUAUGGGCCGAGCCAAGCGUGGCCUUUUUGCCGGCCGCCAUAUCCAGUUCGGCAAUCGCAUUAGUGAAGAUGGUGGUAACAAGUCAAGGAGAACUUGGAAGCCAAAUGUCCAGGAGAAGAGGCUGUUUAGCUACAUCUUAGACCGCCACAUUAGAGUCAAAGUUACUACUCAUGCCCUUCGUUGCAUAGACAAGGCAGGAGGGAUCGAUGAGUACCUUCUGAAGACUCCUUACCAGAAAAUGGACACAGAAAUGGGCCUCUUCUGGAAAGCUAAGAUUGAAAAGAUGUAUGAAGAGCUUGGGAAGAUGGAGGUAGCCUUCUUUUCGCCUGAAGAUGAAGCCAAGCUUGAGCAGGGUUUCAAAGAUUUAAAACUAUCUGAGCGGGAGGCUCGUAAGCAGUUCAGACAACAGAUGUACGCCACAAUGGCCAAACAGAAGCAAGCGGACGAGGGAAGAAGCUAUAUUAGUUUCGUCUUAGCAAGCUCUGAUGAUUAUCCUGAAAAGAUAGUGGCUAACUAUUGAGUUUAAACCUCGUUAAUUAGCCUGGGGAUGUUGGUCAAAUUUUUGCCUAGUCUGAAGUUUUUGUUUGUUCAUCUGUAAUGUGUUUUAAUAUUGGAAUUUUUAGUGAUUAGAAUAUGGAGUCUGGCCAAAAAGCUUUUAUGCUAAUAUAGGCAAUUAGAAAUCCCUGUAAAAUUUUCUUUGCAAGUGCUUGCAAUUAUUAGUUAAGAUAAUUGUGGCAGAAUUCCUUCUA